UAGGAGAAACGCCACACGUGAUCCAUGGACUUCAGCCUGCAGGAAGGCAAGACUUUAGCUGACGUUUAUUACCUUGAAAUAAACACAUGGCUGUGUAAGUCUGAAAUUCCUUCUCGAGAAAAGAGGAAGUCGUGAAAGUCAAACAGGCGACAACGGAAAGGCGAGUUAUCUCAGGUUUGCUAAGGGAGGGUUCAUGGCUUGCUUGAGCAGGUUGAGGUCGGUGAUGUCUCUGUCCCACUGGGGAGGCUGCAUGCAGCCGCUGGUGUCUCCACUGUUCAGAGCUGCUGUGGGGUCAGUGGCAGGUCAGUGGUCAGCUCGGUGGGGUCAGCUCUGUUGCAUGGCCACCCUGAAUCAGAUGCACCGACAGGGCAAGCCGCGGCCGGUGCCCCCCGGAGCGAGCCCUACCUCUGGGCGGCCACAGCUCAAGGGCGUGGUCCUGAAGACCAUGAUCCGCAAGCCCAAGAAACCCAACUCUGCCAACCGCAAGUGCGCCCGCGUGCGGCUCAGCAAUGGCAGGGAGGCGGUAUGCUUCAUCCCCGGGGAGGGGCACAACCUGCAGGAGCACAACAUGGUGCUGGUGGAGGGGGGCCGCACUCAGGACCUGCCCGGGGUCAAGCUCAAGAUUGUCCGUGGGAAGUACGACUGUGCGCAUGUGCAGACCAAGAAGUAGCAGCUUCACUGCUGCCAGGCUGACAAGUAAACAAGCCCUGUACUGCUGACUCUGUAUUGUUCUGUGUGAGUUAAUGAGGGGUCCUGACAAAGGGAAAUGUUUACUGUGCACAUGGUCAGACCAGGAGUUCACAGAGUUUGUGGAUUGAAGAGGGGAGCAGUGUAUAUACAAAAGUACACGUGUUACACAAGCUCCUUUUAUUUUCAUAGAUAUUUGAACUGUUACUGUCCAGAAUGUAAAAAGGGUGUAAUCAGCCUUCACUGAGUAUUUCUAAACAGGGACAGAUCGAUCUACCAGUCAGUCCAGUCCAGUAACUGAUUGUCCUGUUUAACAAAAUAUUUCCAUUUGCAGCUCUGCAUCUGUGCUGCUUGUUUUUUAUUGGUGCGCAGAUUAGUUUAAGGCAGUUUCACUUUUUUUCUUGAUUGAUAUGUUGCUUGGGAGUAUAGUUUGUGUUUUAUUUUUGUUUUGAUUUUCUUUUUUUAAUUUAAAUUUAAGCAAAGUUAUGGAUUCUUGAUGUUAGUUUAACUGCCUGAGGCACGUAAUAAAAUACAUCUUUACAUUUCA